GCCUGCACUCCCUUCUUCUCCACUGCUUCUCUCUCUUCAUUAGCGAUGGAGCUGUUGAGUAGGAGCUUCUUCUCUUUCUCUGUCAUGCCGAUAUGUCUUCUAUUAAUGGCGGCAUUCUCCCGAACAGCGGAAUGCCGGUUUCAAACCGGUGGCGGUGGUCGAGUCACCGCAGGCGGCCAGGAUGGCGGGGGACAGACGGUGGGGGAGACGUACGAGGCGACAAGCUGCCGAGCGCACACGGCGUCGUUGACGGACUUCGGUGGAGUUGGCGACGGUAUAACGUUGAACAGCAAGGCAUUCCAGGCGGCGGUUGAGCAUCUAGCUCAGUUCUCCGGCGAUGGUGGCGGUCUUCUCUACGUUCCACCUGGUAGGUGGCUCACCGGACCUUUUAAUCUUACUAGUUGCAUGACGCUCUUCCUCCACCACGACGCCGUCAUCCUCGCCACUCAGGAUAUAAAUGAAUGGCCGAUCAUCGAACCAUUGCCCUCAUAUGGCCGUGGAAGGGAUGCCCCUGGUGGAAGAUAUAGCAGCCUCAUAAUGGGAUAUAAUCUCACUGAUGUGAUUAUCACUGGUGACAAUGGAACUGUCGAUGGUCAGGGAGACUUCUGGUGGGCAAAGUUCCAUCAUAAGCAGCUCAAGUACACCAGGGGCUACCUUGUUGAACUUCAGUACUCAGAUCAGAUCUUCAUAUCAAAUCUUCUGUUCCUGAAUUCUCCAUCCUGGAACAUCCAUCCAGUUUAUAGCAGCAACAUUGUUGUGAAAGGCAUUACAAUCUCUGCUCCAGUUCAUUCUCCAAAUACUGAUGGCAUCAAUCCAGAUUCAUGUUCUCAUGUUCGAAUCGAGGAUUCCUACGUCGUGUCGGGAGACGAUUGCGUCGCCAUAAAGAGUGGCUGGGAUGAGUAUGGCAUCGCCGUCGGAAUGCCUAGCGAGCACAUUAUUAUCCGUCGUCUCACCUGCAUUUCACCAACCAGUGCAACAAUUGCACUAGGGAGCGAGAUGUCCGGUGGCAUCCAGGAUGUUCGUGCCGAGGACAUAACUGCUAUUGACACCGAAUCUGGCGUACGAAUCAAAACCGCCAUCGGUCGUGGGGGCUUCGUCAGGGAUAUAUUCGUUCGACGCAUGACUCUCCAUACAAUGAAGUGGGUCUUCUGGAUGACUGGCAACUACAAUUCUCAUCCAGAUGGAAAAUAUAAUCCUGAAGCAAUUCCAGAUAUUGAAGGCAUAAACUAUAGCCAUGUUGUAGCUGAAAAUGUAACUACUGCAGGAAGACUGGAAGGCAUAGAGAAGGCACCAUUCAAGGGGAUCUGUAUAUCCAAUGUGUCAGUUGAAGUGAGGAAGGCUAAGAAAACCGCAUGGGUUUGCGAGAAUGUGGAGGGUGUAUCGAGCGGUGUGACGCCGGCGCCUUGCGUCGCAUUGAAGGAUGAGGGGAUGGAAGCAACUGAUUGCCCAUUCAGAGAGGAUAGGCUUCCCAUAGAGGAUGUGGAAGUGAAGGACUGCUCAUUACCAUUUAGUUACAGACUCUGAAGUGCUGCAGUGAGAACUUGGCUUAGUAUAGAUUGUGAUUAACAUUAUGGGUUCUGAAUUCUGUAUUAUCAUCUGGAAGAUAUAGAAAAUAUGCCUCAUAAGUAAGAUUUAGUGUAAUACUGGACGAAAUGCCUCAUGAGAUAGAUCUCCAUCGCUUAUGAAUGAAAUAUUGGCUUUA